AUGCGUCUUUCAGCAUGCCUGUGCAUUGUGCUCAUUAGCUUUUUGGAGGGAGUGAGCUGUUCAUGUCCUUCACAGUGCACCUGCGAUUAUCAUGGCAGAAAUGACGGCACAGGAUCAAGGUCGGUGCUAUGUAAUGACCUGGAUAUGAACGAGGUCCCUAUGAACUUCCCUGUGGAAACUGUGAAGCUACGUAUUGAGAAGACUGUCAUCCGCAGAAUCCCCGCAGAGGCCUUCUACUACCUGGUGGAGCUCCAGUACCUCUGGGUGACUUACAAUUCCGUGGCCAGCCUUGAUGCCAGCAGCUUUUACAACCUAAAGCAGCUGCAUGAGUUGCGCUUGGAUGGAAAUUCUCUGGCCGCUUUCCCUUGGGCAUCUCUGCUGGACAUGCCCCAGCUGAGGACCCUGGAUUUGCACAACAAUAAAAUAACCAGUGUGCCUAAUGAAGUGGUCAGGUACCUGAAGAACCUUGUCUACUUGGAUUUAUCAAGCAACAGGCUAACCACACUACCACCAGAUUUCCUGGAGAGCUGGUCCCACUUACUUACAACAUCGUCAAGAAGCCUGGACCUUUCACCACAAAGAAUUAUUCUUGGUCUGCAGGACAACCCUUGGUUCUGUGACUGUCACAUUUCUAAAAUGAUCGAGUUGUCAAAAGUUGCUGACCCUGCUAUAGUGCUUCUUGAUCCACUGAUGAUAUGUAGUGAACCUGAGCGCCUGACAGGGAUUCUAUUUCAGCGGGCUGAGUUGGAACAGUGUUUGAAGCCAUCAGUGAUGACGUCGGCCACCCAGAUCACAUCUGCUCUGGGCAGUAAUGUUCUGCUGCGGUGUGAUGCUACUGGCCAGCCUACUCCACAGCUCACGUGGACCAGAUCUGACAGCUCACCAGUUAAUUAUACAGUAAUUCAGGAAUCUCCAGGAGAAGGAGUCAGAUGGUCCAUAAUAAGUUUGACAGGCAUUUCUUACAAGGAUGCUGGGGAUUACAAAUGUAAGGCCAAAAAUUUGGCUGGGAUGUCAGAAGCUGUGGUUACUGUGACAGUGGUUGGUGUUGUCACAACCACGGUAUUAUCAGACACCUCUGAAAGAACUGGAGAUCACCUUGAGCAAAGAGCCCAGCCAGGAUCUAGAUCUACAUCCAUACCUGGUUCACUGUCAUCUCCUUGGUCCUCUAACUCAUCUUCUUCCCCUGCUUCUUCCAUUUUUCUUUCUACUUCUACUUCCUCUCCUCCCUCCACUGCUUUCUUCUCCUUAUCUCCUUUCCUCUCCUCCAUUGCAUCUUCAAUCACAACUCUAAGCACCAGAAUUUCAACAAAGCCCACCAUGGCCAGCCAGCAGUCAUUCCAGCUCCGCCCAGAUGGGAAAAGAAAUGUAAAGGCGGAGAUAGGUGGAAGUAAGCUUCCUUCAGCUAGUGCAAGUAAAAAUGAAGAGUUGGCGUCAUUGGAUCAAGCAAUGCCAAUGGAGACAAAUACCACAAUAGAAAAUCUCAGAGUAGUCAGUGAGACUGAAGAGAGUGUGACAUUGAUGUGGAACACUGUCAACACUACACGUAAGUCCGAGGUGACUGUGUUGUAUUCCAAGUAUGGUGAGAAGGACCUGCUGCUGCUGAAUGCAGACUCCAGCAAGGACCAAGUAACCAUAGAUGGCUUGGAGCCUGGCAGGCAGUACAUAGCAUGCGUCUGUCCAAAGGGAGUGCCUCCCCAGAAGGACCAAUGUAUCACUUUUUCUGUUGACAGAGUCGAAGAAGAAGGUGAUUCUCAAGUGUCUUUCCUUAUCGUGGUGAGCGGUACUGCCUGUGUUGUUGUCUUGCCAUUGAUAUUUUUCCUGUUGUACAAAGUUUGUAAACUGCAAUGUGGGUCAGAAUCCUUCUGGGAAGAUGAUUUGGCAAAAGAGACUUAUAUUCAAUUUGAGACCCUGUCCCCCAGGUCUCAAAGUAUAGGGGAACUUUGGACACGAAGGCACAGAGAUGAUUCUGAAAAAUUGCUGCUUUGUUCUAGGUCAAGUGUGGAAUCUCAGGUGACCUUUAAAAGUGAAGGUUUGAGACCAGAGUAUUAUUGCUAA